AUGCUCUAUCUGGUUGGCCUCGGUCUUUCUGACGAGACGGAUAUCACCGUCAAAGGCCUUGAGAUCGUGAGAAAGGCUUCUAGGGUCUACCUUGAGGCCUACACGAGCAUCCUUCUCGUGGACCCGUCCGUCCUUGAAUCCUACUAUGGCCGCUCCAUUGUGGUUGCCGACCGUGAGAUGGUCGAGUCGAACAGCGACGAGAUCCUGCGCGAUGCGGCCAGCGUCGACGUAGCCUUCCUGGUCGUCGGCGAUCCUUUCGGCGCCACGACUCACACGGACCUGGUUCUCCGUGCCCGUGAGCUCGGCAUUCCCGUCAAGACGGUCCCGAACGCGUCCAUCUUGUCGGGCAUCGGCGCCGCCGGACUCCAGCUGUACAACUUUGGCCAGACCGUCAGUAUGGUCUUUUUCACUGACAACUGGCGCCCGGCCAGCUUCUACGACCGGAUCAAGGAGAACCGAGACAUUGGCCUGCACACGCUCAUCCUCCUCGACAUCAAGGUCAAGGAGCAGAGCCUGGAGAACAUGGCCAGGGGCAGGAAAAUCUACGAGCCGCCGCGCUACAUGUCGGUUGGCACCUGUGCACGGCAGAUGCUCGAGAUAGAGCAAGAAAAGGGUCAGGGGGUCUUUGGUCCGGACAGUCUGGCCAUCGGUGCAGCCCGUGUGGGUGGUAAGACGGAGAAGUUCGUCGCGGGUACUUUGAAGGAACUCUGCGACGCCGACGACGAAUUGGGGCCACCGCUGCACAGCAUGGUGCUCCUGGGGAGGAGAACUCAUGAGCUCGAGCAUGAGUUUGUCCGCGAAUUCGCUACCAACAAGGAGAGUUGGGACCAGAUAUGGAAGGCUGAGUACCAGGCCAAGCAAUGA